AUGCCCACGUCCUCCCCCCUCGUGGAUCAUGCUUCCAUGACGGAAAUCGCCCGCGACGGAGUGCGCCAACGCGUUGGAGCCGCCACUACGGCUGCUGCGGUCCCCAGUACGCGGGACCCGGCUGUGUGUCCCACCGACGACGAAGCCAUGGCACCCCGAAACAAGACUCGAUCCUGGGGUUAUGUCUGGAGAUCCGGUGUCGCCGGCGGGCUGGCCGGCUGCGCUGCCAAGACCAUCGUUGCACCGCUAGAUCGAGUAAAGAUCCUCUUCCAGGCCAGCAACCCCCAGUUUGCAAAAUAUACCGGUUCUUCAUUCGGCGUCGCAACCGCCAUGAGGGACAUUUACCGCUUCGAAGGCGGCCGGGGGCUUUUCCGAGGCCACUCCGCCACGCUGCUGCGUAUUUUCCCUUAUGCCGGCAUCAAGUUCCUUGCCUAUGAGCAGAUCCGAGCCGUCAUCAUUCCCGGCAAGGAGUAUGAAUCACCGCUGCGACGCCUCCUCAGCGGCAGCCUUGCCGGCGUCACAUCCGUCUUCUUCACGUACCCCCUGGAACUCAUCCGAGUACGCCUGGCGUUUGAAACAAAAAAGGACGGCCGCUCGUCCUUGUCCUCCAUCUGCAGGCAGAUUUACAACUCGAGCCCGGUCGAGAAAUCAGCCACGGCAAGACUUCCCAGAGCCCCGGCCCCCGUUGCUGCCGCUGUGGAGUCCACUGCCGCCGUAGCCAGCUCCGUCGUUCCCAACAAGGGGCUCGUCAAUUUUUACCGCGGCUUCGGCCCGACCUUGCUGGGCAUGCUUCCGUACGCAGGCAUGUCCUUCCUCACCCACGAUACCGUCAGCGACUUGAUGCGCCACCCCUCAAUCGUCAAGUACACCACUCUCCCCCGGCGGAAGAAUCAGCCCUCCGACAAGCCCGCACCACUCCGAUCAUGGGCCGAGCUCACAAGUGGCGGCAUCGCCGGCAUGAUCUCACAGACCUCGUCAUACCCAUUGGAGGUGAUCAGGCGCCGCAUGCAAGUAAGCGGUGCCGUUGGCGAUGGUCACAAGAUGCGUCUCGGCGAGACAGCCCGACUCAUCUUCCAAGAGCGUGGUUUCCGGGGAUUCUUUGUUGGGUUGACGAUUGGCUAUGUCAAGGUGAUCCCCAUGGUUGCCGUGAGCUUCUAUACAUACGAGCGCAUGAAGCUUGUUUUCGCCAUAUAA